CGUCCAACGAGAACGAACGCUAACAGCAUCUCGACUCCCGAGUCCUCACAGCUCUUCCGCGCCGCCCGUCCUUCUCUUUCAACUGUAAGCGAUGGGUAGUACCUCGAGCAAGUCACAUGAUUCGCACCCUGCAGAACUGGGGACGAUGCAUGAGACGUCCCAAAAGGCUGCUUCGUCCGGAACGUCUAUGAGCGCUGGACCAGGGCACAAUAUGGCGGUCGUUUCGUCUGGGGCCGGGCAUUUUCCAUCUGAAGGCGCGUACUUUGGCAGUCCGAAUCACCAAGGCGGCGUCAACGCCAUGCAGAACAGCGACACAGACAUGGACAUGGAUGUGACGAAUUCCCCGCGGUACGCACGGACAGGGGGUGCGUCCAGCAGCGGUGCCGUGCCCAGUACCGCAUCGUCGGUCAAGCAGCCCGACAUCGUCCCGAUGGUGUUUCGAUGGGAGCAUGGUGGUCGGAACGUGUGUAUCACGGGCACGUUUAACGGUUGGUCUGCUCAUGUCCCCAUGCACCGAUCCGGGAACGACUUCACCUACAUCGCCAAUUUGCCCCGCGGGAAGCACGCAUACAAGUUUGUCGUCGACGACGAGUGGCGCUUCGCCCCCGACCAGCCCACGGUGGCGGACGUCGACGGCAAUAUUAACAACUACGUGGACGUUUCGGACUUUACGUCGUUGGCGGACGUGGAGUUGGACAAGCCGGACAACGACAAUGACACGACAGUGUACGGGCGGUUCAUUCCAGACUUGGACGAGUACACGAAGGAGCCGCCGCCGCUGCCGCCUCAUCUUCGGCACAUCAUCUUGAACAAGGCACCGCCGAGUGUGGACUGCCGCCUUUUGCCAGUGCCGCAACACGUCGCGCUCAAUCAUUUGUACUGCACGGCGAUCAAGGAUGGGAUGAUGGUGCUUGGCCUCACUCAGCGGUACAAGCAAAAGUUUGUCACGACGGUGUACUAUAGCUUAAUGCCAGGAUCGACGUAAUAAAGAUGAAUGCGCAUGAACACAUGACGGCGGCGACUGACAUAG